AUGGCAAAUUCAUUAGGAGAACCUACUAGAAUAUAUAAUAAUAUUAUAGAAAUACCUACUAAAGAUUUACAGAAUAAAUAUAGAGAACUAUAUAAUUUGAAUUUGUACAAAUUUGAAGAUUUUGAAUUUAUUCAAG